UUUGUGAGGAGAGGGAGCAAGAGAAGGGGAGGGGGUGCAGCAGCAGAGAGUGAGCUGCCAGUAUGAGCUCAGGUUGAGGGCGCAGAGAGGGAAUUCAUCAGAUAGUGACAGAAGCAGAGGCACUCAGUGCUGCACAAUAGUGCCAGAGGCUGCUGGAGAGACGGAGCAGCAUCAUGGCAGCGCUCACUGCAUCAUCACCAGCACACAUGGGCAUGUGAAGCUCCUGCUCCUGCUCCUGCUGCUGCUGCUGCUGCUGAACACUGGCUGAUGCAGAGGAGAGUGUCGAGGACUUCCAGGAUCCAACAAGCUCCAUAGAACAGGUGAGAGAAGUGGGAGGAGCCACACGAUGAGUGGAAUCCUCAAGCGAAAGCUGGACGAGGGCCCCGCUCCGUAUCUGUCCCUGCAGGGGUCCGAAGAUGAGGAGGUGUCCUGCAGUGACAGCGGCAACAGCAGCGACAGUCUGAACCAUCAACUGCCCCCCAGGCUGCUGGACCCUUCCUCUCUGCAGCAGCAGGCGAAGCGACUGAGAGGCCGAAAUGUGCACUUUGAGAGCGUGACCGUGUACUACUUCAACCGGCGUCAGGGCUUCACCAGCGUGCCCACGCAGGGUGGCAGCACAUUGGGCAUGUCGCCACGGCACACCGGCGUCAAGCACUUUACCCUCCGAGAGUUUGCCUUGGAGCAGAAGAGGAGCCACCAAAACAUGCUGAGGGACCAUCUGAAGGAGGAGAAGCUCAACGCCAUCAAACUGAGACUGACGAAGAACGGCACCGUGUCUUCGGUGGAGGCCGAUACUCUGACGCUGGACGACAUUUCCGAGGACGACCUGGAUGUAGACAACACUGAGGUGGACGACUAUUUCUUCCUCCAGCCUCUGACCACUAGGAGGCGGCGGGCUCUUCUGAGAGCGUCUGGGGUGCGACGCAUCGAUGUGGACGAGAAGCACGAGCUGCGCAGUCUGCGCAUGUCCAGAGAGGAGUGUGGGUGUCGCUGCCGCGGGAUCUGUGACCCUGAGACGUGUGCUUGCAGCCUGGCCGGCAUUAAGUGCCAGGUAAAUGGAACUGUGGUGGACCGCAUGUCCUUCCCGUGUGGCUGCACCCAGGAGGGCUGCAGCAACACCACCGGGCGCCUGGAGUUCAACCCCGUCCGAGUCCGCACCCACUUCCUGCACACCAUCAUGAAGCUGGAGCUGGAGAGGAGCCGCGAGGAGCAGCAGCGGCAGCCGGAGCCUCAGCUUGUAACCAAUGGCAACAGUUACCAUGGCAACCCCUCCCUGGUCCAGCAGCAGCAGCAGCAGCCGCCGCCGAACCUGCAGUUUCCACUGAUGAGCAACUCGGCACACAUUCCCAUCAUGCACCUUCAGAACACGGGUGACUCUGAAAUACAUCUGGACCAAGACGAGGAGGAGGAGGAGGAAGAAGACGACGACGAGGAAGAGGAGGAAGAUGAGGAAGACGAGGAGGAGGAUGACGAGGCUUAUGAGGAGGAUGAAGAUGGCAGCAGCGUGUGCAGCGGCCUUUCAGACUGUAGCACUCACAGUUUAGACACUAUUGAGGACAGAGAUGAGGACGAGGAUGAGGAGUGGGACUGCUGCGAUAACAGAACCAACCCAGCCUUCCCUCUUCCUCUUCCCUCCGUGAUGGGCUUUUCCUACUCAAAUGGCCCGUCCUCAAUGCAGCGCUACCCAACAGACCAAGCGGCAGCGUUCAGCGGUGAGAGCCUCGCCCCAGCCCGCUCUGACACGAGCCCCGAGUCUCACUGCCCGAGUCAGCUUCAGACUGACCCCCAAACUUGCUCACACUUGGACACUAGCGACAGCAACGGCGCCCCUGCUGUUGAACCUGACAAACAGCAAGAGCUGAAGAAGCCAGAGCACAGCCCCAAGCGCCUGGAGCACCAACACGCACAAGCUUCCCUGAAGCAGCCGAGCGAAGAGGCUUGAAGUUGAAGACCAGCGAAACCAACAUUGGCUGGAACAUGGCCGGCGAUCAUCCGGAUAAGUGCACUUCCAAAGAAAGACUGUGUGGAUUUGAGCAGACUCACUAAACCUGAGUGGAUAAGUGUAACUCCCAGAGAAUUCCGGCAUGCUUUUCUGCAUCCAUGACGAAUCCCAGUGAUUUUGAGAUGCUGCUGUUAUUUCCAUUGUGCUGCUGCUAACUGUUGUGAACGCCUGCGUGUUUAGCAUGUCUCCAAGAAUUCCAAUGAUGUCAAAUGGUGAAGUUCAAUGCAACAUUUAUGGGUUUCUGUCCGGAUACAUUUGUAUUUUGGAAUGUUUUUCCUUUCGUUUCUGUGGAGUCACAAUCAACAUAGUGCCGCACUUUGAGCCAUAGAAGAGUUUCAGGACUGUUUCAUGAACCUCAUCGUAGUUUGUAUCAGUUUCAUUUGUGCUUCUGCCCUUAUGUUCUUGUUUGUUUUAAAUGAUGGUUGAAGUUUUCUCGGUGGCGUGUGACUGAAGUUUUUUUUUUUUUUUUUAACUUCGAGAUUUACUAACUAAAAUGACAAUGCAAUCUCAACGAGUUGUUUCUUUCUUUCAGGGUAGUUUGUAGCGCGUCAGAGCAGCAUGGAUUCCAACCCCAAGUUGCAGGUUUGAACCUAAAAAAUAAAGUGAGUACUAGCCACGAUCUGUUUACUUCUGUGAUCAGCUACAAUAGUACUGUUUUUUUUUAUUUAUUUAUUUAUAUUUUUCAUAUUUUAUUGAUCAUUCAUCAUCGACAUUUAUAAUAAUUUAGCAUUUAUCUGAGUCAGUGUCAUUCAUGGUGAAGGCAUGUCUACAGUCGCACUGCCAGUUUGAAGUGAUUUUUGUUUCCUGGCCAAAAUUUUUGUGA